AUGGAAAAAAUUAAUGGAAAACUUUAUAAUUGUGAGGAGAAUUAUAUGGUGGCAAAAAUUGGAUCGACAGAACAAUUGAAUGAUAAAAGGAUAGACAAAUUAAUUGGUGGAUUAGAUACUUUGGGUCUUGGCCCUGAGCUUAUUGACACUAAAAUUAUUUUCCCAAAAGGCAUAUCUUUAGCAAAAUGGGAAGGUGAUUGGAGGAGAGAAUUAGCUCUAUACACAUUCUCAAAAGAAGAUAUGUUAGAAUUAGGAUUGAAUGAUCGUCUUGGUCCUUCUGAAUAUAUAUUAACCUAUAGAGAUAUCAAUACUGAUGUAACUAUUCAGAAACCCAAAAGAGAAUUACAUUUAUUCAAGUCAACUCAACAGGGGAAAAUUUUAUGGAAAACUACAAAAAACAAUCGACACCACAGAAGCAAAUUGGUAGAACCUGAACGAUCAUGCUCUCAAUGCAAUGAACUAGUGCCCAAUAGUCAUUUAGUUAGAUGUCACUCAUGCUGCCAAACAUUGUGCAAUAAGUGCUGUCUUCAAUGUGAUUGUUGUGAUAAUUUUUUCUGCAUUAAUUCAUCAUGCAGUACCAAAUGCGACAUAUGUGAUAUUUUGUAUUGUAGUAAUUGUGUUCCAAAAUGUGAAGUAUGCCAUGAAUUUUGCUGCUCUGAACACUGUUCAAACAUUCUACCAUGUGAAUGCGGAUAUAUUUGCAAAGAUUGUGAUGUGAAAAAACCAAAAUACUGUCAAGAAUGUCAAAUUCCACUCUGUUCCAAAUGCUCAGUAAGAUGUAGUGGAUGUAAGGCUCUAGGAUGUAAGGAUUGUAUAGCUAAAUGCUCAAAAUGUUUGGAAAGAUUCUGCCCCAACUGUGGUAUUGAAUCCUGUUACAUUUGUGGAAGGGAAGUUUGUAAACACAAUUGUUCUGAAAUGAUUUCAGAAUGUCAUUCUUGUGGUAAUGAAUGUUGCCAUGAUUGCACAAGCAAAUACAUCAAAAAGACACGAUCCAAUAAGAUGGAAAGAACAUGUACUGAAUGUAAAAGCUAG